GUCAACGUUAACAAUAAAAAUCUAAUACCUAAUUGAGGCAAAAAAGUUUGUAAUAAAGGCUAAAAUCUCUUUUUGGUUUUCAGGCCAUCAAAUCAAAAUUAUGAAAAAUAUUUUGGUAAUUAAGAAAACAGAUGACGCAGUUCGGCCAUUAUCUCCACAACCAGAUCCAAGCAAAGCGUCUACUUCAGUUCAAGAAGAAUCCGAGGAAACGAGACCGAGUACAACAAGUGAAUUAGACUCCACUCCUGAUUCUGAUAAUUCAGUAUCCAAUUGCAGUAUUCUUUCAAAUAUUUUGCUGGAAACCCUUUAUUUGAAGCUUAUUCCGUAUGGCCAGCUUUACGUAGCCGGCAAGCUGGUGCACAAUUAUUGGGGUUUGAAACUUUCUCCGAUCUGA